AUGCCCAAUCAAACAUGCAUUAAAGACACAGUUUGGACUUGUUGCUGUUUUUCUUUGCCUAAUCUGACCCCCUUCUCUUGUUCGUCUCUCCCGACAGAUGAUGCCACCCGCGUCAUUCUGAAAAGCACAGAUGAUUACAUCAAUGCAAAUUACAUCAAUAUGGAGAUUCCUGCGUCCAGCCUGAUAAACCGCUACAUCGCGUGCCAGGGCCCGCUGCCCAACACCUGCCCCGACUUCUGGCAGAUGACGUGGGAGCAGGGCUCAUCCAUGGUGGUCAUGCUGACCACCCAGGUCGAGAGAGGGCGGGUGAAGUGUCACCAGUACUGGCCCAACCCUGACAACAGCGCCACAUACGGAGACUUUAAAAUCACGUGCCACAAUGAAGAGGGCAACUCUGCCUUCCUGGUCCGGGAGAUGACCCUCACACACACACCGAGCGAGCAAAAGAGGGAAAUCACUCAGAUUCAGUACGUGGCUUGGCCCGACCACGGCGUUCCCGACGACUCCACUGAUUUCCUGGACUUUGUGGCUCUCGUACGGACCAAACGGGCUGGACAGGACCAGCCAAUGGUGGUGCACUGCAGCGCUGGGAUUGGUCGGACGGGCGUUCUGAUCACCAUGGAGACGGCGCUGUGUCUGAUGGAGUGCGGUCAGCCGGUGUAUCCUCUAGAAAUUGUCAAGACCAUGAGAGAUCAGCGGGCCAUGAUGAUACAGACGCCUAGCCAGUACCGCUUCGUGUGCGAGGCCAUCCUCAAGGUCUACGAGGAAGACCUGUUCAAGCCGCUGAAGACGGCCCUCUACCAGCAGAGAGAGAAGGCGGCCGACGAGAAGGAGGAGGAGCGCAAAGAGCAGCAGAAAGCGGGAGAGGAGCGAGACGAGGCGGCGACGGCAGAGAAAGGGGAGGCGGCCAAGGUGGAGAUGCUGGAAGAAGAGCUGGACGGAGAGGAUGACGACGAAGUCGAGGUGCUGGAUGUGGGAGAAGUGACAGAAGAGGGGGAGGAAGAAGAGGAGGAGGAGGAAGUGGAGGAGCCGAGCGUCGCCAGUGCCACCAGCGCGACGAGCGAGACCAGCGCGAACCCCGAUCCCGCUAACCCGUGACGUGGGUGGGCGGGGCUCACCGGGAGGAGGCCGGACGAGAGAACAAAAGCACUGUUGCACUUUAAGCUGACAAAAAAUGAAACGAACAGACAAACUGACAUGAAAACCUUUGGACGUGAUGAGUUAAAAAACCCAGCUGUGUCGAACAGGUACCUUUAGGGGGAGUUGAUGUUCAGGGUAACGAAAAGAAGAAUCAAAGAAUGAACGAGAUGAUAAAACGUGGAUGGGGAGUUGCUGUAGUGCCAUAAGUACGAAGGGGAAGGGCGGCCACUGUGGAUGGAAAGCCUCCCCUCUCUCUCUUAUUAUUUUAGUUUUUUUAAGUCCCAAAGGGUUGCCCUGUCCCCUUCGGAGUGAGUCUGCCAGACGGACCUGCCUUUUUUUUUUUUUAGUGUCCUUUUAGCAGAUAAAGAGAAAAACCUUAUCUUUUGUUCCUCAGAGUAUUUAUUGUGUUUUAGUUUGUGUCAAACCCUGUCCACUGAACAAAAAAACGCUGUAUGUUUUGUUUGUACAAGUCUAGAGCUUCAUGCUUUCCUGAUUAAAUCUUAGGUAGUAAA